UCAGCUACGAUCCUUGCCUGCACAGAGGAUUUAAAAUCAACUGCAAGUUGCUGAAGAAUUGCACUUCAAGUGGUCUCAAGACAGGAGAAGCAGGUCUUCACUAUAAUGGAAGAGGCCAAGAGCUCAAAGAAUGGAAAUCAUGACCCAAGGAAGUCUGUCCGUCUUGUCUGUGAGGAAGGCAAAACAGUCAAAGUUACAAUUAAUCAAAAUUAUAAAUAUAAUAGAAAUGACAAAUCUGUGAAGGAUCUUGGGAGAAGUUCUCCAAGUGGGAAUAGCAGCAGAAAAAGUAAACAAAAUGAUGUUUGUUCUGAAAAACAAGGAGAAAAUAAAUCAUGCAAAGUAAAUAGUUGUAUUCCUGGAACUAAAGAUUUGGGAUCAAAUGUUCAGGAUCGAAGUCAUGGAAAAACAAAAAAAUUUUCUAAUUUAUCGUCAGCAAUGGAAAACCUGAAACAGACAAAAGCCCAGCCAGUGGGAGAAAAUGCUCCAGGCUCCCAUGUUGCAGGGAAUGGGGUCAGUAUGGAAAGCUUAGCAGCUACUCAGAAAGGGAAACUGGUGCUGGAAAAUCCAGUGGGAGUUCAUACUUUGAAGACUAGUGUUGAUCAGGCUGGUGAUCCUGGUAAGACUGCUGCAGAUCAAAGAAAAAUGGAACACAAGCCUGAUGACUUCAGUAAAAUAAAGAAUUCUGAAUCAGCAAAAGAACAUACCUUGGAAGCGGAUUAUUUAGAAAACACUGGUGUUAUUGAUGAAUCCAAUCUGACAGUUGAACAGCAACUAGGAUUGAAACAAGCUGAAGAACGUCUGGAAAGAGAUUAUAUCUCCCGACUUGAAAAACGCUCCCCAGAAUACACCAACUGUCAGUAUCUAUGCAAGCUCUGCUUAGUCCACAUUGAAAAUAUCCAGGGAGCCCACAAGCAUAUUAAGGAAAAACGUCAUAAGAAAAAUAUAAUGGAAAAGCAAGAAGAGAACGAGCUGCGGGCGCUCCCACCGCCCUCGUCUGCACAGUUGGCAGCUCUGAGUUUCACUCUCAUCGAGGCAGCAAAUGAACAAGGCAUCUCAGAUGAGGACUUCAGAAUUCGGCAAGAAAUUGUAAAUGAGAUGGAAAAAAUUAUUCAACAGCCCUUACCAGACUGUUCCCUGAGGAUGUAUGGCUCCUGUUUAACUAGAUUUGCUUUUAAGACCAGCGAUGUUAACAUUGAUAUCAAAUUCCCCCCUAAGAUGAGUCAACCGGAUGUUCUGAUCCAGGUGCUUGAGAUUUUGAAGAACAGUGCUGUCUACUCAGAUGUGGAGUCGGAUUUCCAUGCCAAAGUUCCUGUUGUCUUUUGCAAAGAUGUUAAAAGUGGUUUGACCUGUAAAGUAAGUGCUAGGAACGACGUGGCUUGCCUUACAACUGACCUGCUGGCUGCACUUGGUAAACUGGAGCCUGUCCUGAUUCCCUUGGUUUUGGCUUUCCGCUAUUGGGCUAGACUCUGUCACAUUGACUGUCAGGCUGAAGGUGGGAUUCCCUCGUAUUCCUUUGCCUUAAUGGUGAUAUUUUUUCUUCAACAAAGAAAACCACGUAUUUUACCGUCCUAUUUGGGCAAUUGGAUUGAAGGCUUUGAUUCGAAGAGGCCAGAUGACCACCAGCUGAAAGGGGUGGAAGAUGAAGAAUUUGUAAGGUGGGAGUACAAACCACCCACAAAUGGUGCAGCGAAAAACUCUGUUGGAGCAGAAAGCAAAGCUAAAGUUGAACAACAAAAAGGUGGUGGCAAGAAGGCAACAAGCUCAGAAGUGGACAACCAAAGCAAUGCAAAAGAGAAACAUGGGAUUUCUCUCUUAGCAUUCAAAACCCCUCACCAAGUUUCACUGGGGCAACUGUGGUUGGAACUUUUGAAGUUUUACACACUGGAAUUUGCUUUGGAGGAGUAUGUCAUCAGCAUACGGGUACAAGAGCUCUUAACCAGAGAGAAUAAAAACUGGCCUAAGAGGCGAAUAGCCAUUGAAGAUCCUUUUGCACUAAAGAGGAAUGUUGCACGAAGCCUAAAUAGCCAGAUGGUAUUUGAGUACAUCCUGGAGCGAUUUAGGACAGCAUAUAAAUAUUUUGCAUGUCCACAAAGUAAAGAUGGGAUUAAAUCCAAGCCAGAUACCAAGAAAAAAGAAAAAGGGAAAAUAAAUAAUAAGAAAUCCACAAGAUCAGAAGAGCCUGUAGCAAACUGUUGCCUUCCACAAGAGGAAAAUGUUGUAGAUAAAGAAGUUACAGGAAGUGGAUGUAACAUACCAGAGAAUGAAGUUGAAUGUAAUCAAGUGGAAGAAGCUGUAGCCAAAAGAUGCACUUCCCACGACACGGACUCUGUGCUACUUUCAACAUUGGACUCUAGCUAUGAAGAAGACAGAGAAGAAGCUUUAUCCCUUAUUCCCAAUGAAUGCUGUGAACUAAAGGAAGAAUCACCUAAAGAGAGGGAUGAUUUAGAAAUUUCAGUGUGUCUAACUGAGGGUGAGCUUAGCCACCACUGUAACUGCAGUGCACAUCAGCCUGAGGACACCAAUUCCAGUACUGAGUUUUCUGAUGCUGAAAGCAGGCAGAGUUUGGUGACAGAGUCGUCUCCGCAGACCACGUUCACUGGCACCCCAGCUACCUCGGCCAGCUGCAAAGCAGUGCUGGAAACCCAGGAUCUCAAAGAGGAAGGCAGACUCUCAACAGAAGAAAUGCAUUAUGUGUUUGAUAAGUUUAUUUUUACUUCAGGAAAGCCACCAACUAUAGUAUGCAGCAUCUGCAAACGGGAUGGACAUUCCAAAAAUGAUUGCCCAGAGGAUUUCAAGAAAAUUGAUCUAAAACCACUACCACCAAUGACAGACAGAUUUCGGGAAAUACUUGAUAUAGUGUGUAAAAGAUGUUUUGAUGAAUUAUCCCCUCCUUUAUCUGAGCAACAAAACAGAGAACAAAUACUAGCAAGUUUGGAGAGAUUUAUUCGAAAAGAGUAUAAUGAUAAAGCCAGGCUUUGCUUAUUUGGCUCCUCAAAGAAUGGGUUUGGAUUUCGGGACAGUGAUCUAGAUAUCUGCAUGACAUUGGAAGGUCAUGAAAAUGCAGAGAAAUUGAACUGUAAAGAAAUAAUAGAAGGUUUGGCAAAAGUUCUUAAGAAGCAUCCAGGUUUGAGGAACAUUUUGCCUAUAACAACAGCCAAAGUGCCUAUAGUAAAGUUUGAACACAGGCGGAGUGGCUUGGAAGGAGAUAUCAGUUUGUACAAUACACUGGCACAGCAUAACACAAGGAUGCUGGCUACCUACGCAGCUAUUGAUCCUAGGGUGCAAUAUCUGGGCUACACAAUGAAAGUUUUUGCAAAGCGCUGCGAUAUUGGUGAUGCAUCCCGUGGUAGUCUGUCUUCGUAUGCCUAUAUUCUUAUGGUUUUGUACUUUCUACAGCAGAGAAAUCCACCAGUUAUUCCAGUUCUUCAGGAGAUAUUUGAUGGCAAACAGAUUCCACAAAGAAUGGUGGAUGGAUGGAAUGCGUUUUUCUUUGAUGACAUGGAAGAAUUGAAGAAGCGUCUGCCUUCUCUUGGAAAGAACACUGAAUCUCUUGGAGAGCUCUGGCUGGGGCUGCUGCGGUUCUACACUGAGGAAUUUGACUUCAAGGAGUACGUGAUCAGCAUCCGGCAGAAGAAGCUGUUAACCACCUUUGAGAAGCAGUGGACAUCCAAAUGUAUUGCCAUCGAAGAUCCUUUUGACUUGAAUCAUAAUCUGGGUGCUGGAGUCUCUAGGAAAAUGACCAAUUUCAUAAUGAAGGCAUUUAUCAAUGGGAGAAAAUUAUUUGGUACUCCAUUCUACCCAGCUGUUGGAAGAGAAGCUGAAUACUUUUUUGACUCAAAAGUGCUGACAGAUGGGGAAUUGGCACCCAAUGACAGAUGUUGUCGUGUCUGUGGAAAAAUUGGUCACUACAUGAAAGACUGUCCAAAGAGGAGGAGUGUAAACAUUCAGAUGGUGUACGUAUCACCUGGCUGCAAAAUUCAUCAUGUGUUAAAAUGGAUUUCCUGUAGUGAUCAUGUUCAGAGGACAGUGUUGAAUUUGUUCUGUAGAUCUGAUAACGUACAUCUGCAAGGCAGGUUGAAGAAAAAGGAGAACGAGAAAGAUGAUGAAAAAGAGGUGAAAGAAGAUGACAGAGAAACAAGAGAGAAAAGGUGUUUCAUCUGUGGGGAUGUGGGUCAUGUUAGGAGAGAUUGUCCUGAAUUCAAACAAACCCGUCAGAGAAAUAAUAGUGUGCCAGGCACGCAGCUGGUCCGGAGCAUGGUCAAUUCCCAGUUGGUGGCUGUGGGCCAGCAGCAGGUGGAGCGGCCCCUGCGCACCAGGCAGUCGUCAGAAUGUUCUGAUUCGCAUCAGUCAUCUUACUCUCCACAACCUCAACAAUUCCCACAGAAUUCCUCUCAGCCAGCCUCCAUUAACCAGACUCAGCCACAAUCAAUAUCCCAGUCUAAGCACGUUCCUCAGCCACAGCAGGGUGCACAGCCACCCCAUCAGGUCCAGCUGCCUUUGUUUAACUUUCCCCAAUCUCCCCCAGGUCAGUAUUCCACCUUGCAUAACCUGGGACUGCUUCAGAUGCACCAUCACCACCAAAUUCAGCUUCCCAACACUUCUUGGCCUAUUCAUGGGCCUGUUAUUCACUCUGCACCGAGUAACCCUCCUCAUUCUACAAAUGUUCCAUUUUCUAUGAGAUCUGGCAGCAGCAGCACCACAAAUAACCAGAGCAGUGUAAGCUUGAAUGAUCCCAGUAUCAUCUUUGCACAGCCUGCUGCCAGGCCCAUGGGAAUCCCCAGCACUUCUCAUGAGGGACACUGGCACAAUCCCGUGACUCCAAACUCACUGGUGAACAAUGGCACUGUGGGGAAUUCAGGAAAAAAAAUUAGACUCGAUCACCGUAACUUCUAGGCAUUAGUGCUGUCUGCCAUUAAUGGCUGUGCAACAAUGAGAAAUCCUGCAUUCAACUGAGAAACCUCCUCAUCGUUUGAAUCACUCACAUUUCUGUGAAUGUGCUGACAAAUAAUGGAUUCCUUAUAUCAGACAAUCAUGGAAACAUUAAGGUUGGAAAAAACCUCUAAGUUCAACACAUCAUUAUAUGAUUUAUUAGACAAAUGCUGAGGUUGCAACCAUGAAUUUAGAGACUGGCAGAAUUACAGUUGUGCAAGUUGAAUAUUGUCGCCUCACCUUUAGUACAAUAUAAUAUGAUUUUAUCCAUUCUGUUUUUUCCUGUGGUUUAUCCUGCUACAUUUAACUUCCAUAAUCUUGAUGUUGAUUCCUGACAGUAUGUUUUCCUGUGACAACUGGGCAACAGCCUCUUACUUCAUAGCAAAGCCAAGUACAGAAAAAGCAAUAUAUAAUAAUUAAAGCCCAUUCAGUUUUCUCUGCAACAUGAACUGUGGCAGCCCCUAAAUUUUAACUGUUAACCUUUACGUCAUUAAUCAUGGUGAUGGUCUUCUAAUUUAUUCUGAGUGUAUAAGUCCUCCUAUGUUUAAAAAAAUAAAUCCUUAAUACAAUGUACUGGUGCAGUUGUUCAUCCUAAGAUGAAAAUUCUGAAUCUCCUGCCCAGCUUUCUCUGCACUAAUAAUGUGAUUGUCAGUAACAGUAGAUUUUCAGCUGAGUUUACAGUUUUGGAUGAGGAAUAAUUCACUAGUGGGCUUCAAACAUAUAUUAAGUUGCUGGAGAUAAAUGAUUUUCUGUUAAAAGCUUUGUGGGAAAUAUAUUUUAAAGGAUACAGGAACUUCUACCCAUGUGUUUUCUGUGUCUCCAGUGUGCUCUGUCCCUACCUCUCCAUUUUGGAUCUUCUCAUCUGUCCCCUUCUCCAAGCUUUGUCUUUCCCACAACAGCUCCUUCCAAUCCACAUGUCCUUACUAACAUAGCUGCCUUCUUUCAGACAAGCUCCAUAAAUUCUAAUUCCUUCUCCAUGUGCUGUCAGUCACAGUAUUUUUUUCCCAUCCCUCAUGUUCUAUCAAUUUCCAACCUCAUCACACUCUUUUCCCUAGUUCCCAGUCAUAGUAAUUUUGCUCUGUGAAGUUGAAUCAGUUUUAUUUCCUUUUUGGCUUAGAUGCCAUUAAGAUGAAUGCACAGUAGAGAUGAGCGGUCUGCUGUCUGUUUGAAGCAUGGUUUCUUAC